UCGACUCCUGCUGCUGCUGCUGCAGCUCCAGCCCGGCUCCCCAUGGCGCCUCUCGGCUACUGGGGGCCCCCCACUGCCACCCUGGACUGGUGCGAGGACAACUACGACCACUCGCCCUUCGUAGCCGAGUUCUGGAACACGCUGAGUAACCUGCCCAUGGUGGCUGCCCCUCUUCUCUCCGCGCCAUUCUGCGCUCGAGCCCACGUGGAGUGGAGAUACCUGUUGGCGCUUGUGGGGAUCUCAGUGGUCGGGAUCGGCUCGUGGUUUUUCCACAUGACCCUUCUGUACGAGAUGCAGCUGCUGGAUGAGCUACCCAUGAUCUACACAUGCUGCGUCUUCGUGUACUGCCUGUUUCUCAGCUUUGAGAAGCCAAACUUCAUGAAUGUUCCGUUCAUCCUCACUCUGGUGGCAUUCAGCUGCCUCGUCACAGGGAUUUACCUCCUCUUGAAGGAGCCAGUGUUCCAUCAGGUGAUGUACGGGAUGCUCGUCUGCUUCCUCGUCGUCCGUGGAGUCUACAUCGCGUUCUGGGUCCUCCCGUGCCUGCAGCCCCUCAUGUUCUCCUCGCUCGCCUCCUUCCUCCUCGGCUUCAUCCUCUGGAACCUCGACAACAACUUCUGCCCCACGUGGAGGAGGGUGAGGGUCUCCAUGCUGCCCACGUCUCUGGGCGCCGUGUCGCAGCUCCACGCAUGGUGGCACCUCCUGUCGGGCCUCGGCUCGUACCUGCACAUCCUGUUCAGCCUCAGCGCGCGUCUCUUGUAUCUGAAGAAACGACCCCGAGUCACGUGGCUGCUGGGGUUCUGGCCGGUGCUGUGCGUGGAUGGGAAGAUCGAUGCCUGAAACCCCCCACCCCCCACCCAUGGAGUGGAGCGAUCCACGUGCCUGGGACAAGACUUUGCUCGGGAGAAACCAACUCGGCGCCUGGGGGGUGGCAGCGGUGGGAAUAAAACUACACUAUUUUAUUUUUUAGGUAAAGCCCACUGAGAUAUGUCGAUCUUUUUCAGAAGUCAUCUGGUUAUCACAAACGAUCGCUCAAUGAAAUAGCUUAUCGCGUGGAAAUUUAUAGCAGCAGCCAAACACUCUAAACGCAUGACCUUGAUUCUAAAUGUGGAAGGAAAAACCAGAGGACCCGGAGAAAAAUAUACGCGACCUCGGAGAGAGACACAGACUCCAAAAAUACACAGCAAGCGUCAGGGUCAGGAUCCACGACCUCCUGCAAGCCAGGCGAGGGAGAUAACAUCUCAUCGCCACCGUGAACGCGUGGGAUCUGCAAAUUAAUCAAUUGGAGGCCACGCUCAAUCCACUGCUGAAUGAGGGCCACCUCGUGCCCGUGUCCGGCCACGGAGGGUUUUCCCCUCUCACCAUACGCUGGGUGUGGUGUGCCUGGUGGGUAGUGAAGUGUCACGAUGGGUGUGGAGUGAAGUGGCACACUGGGUGUGGUGUGCUGGGUACGGAGUGAAGUGUCACGCUAGGUGUGGUGUGCCUGGUGGGUAGUGAAGUGUCACACUGGGUGUGGUGUGCUGGGUACGGAGUGAAGUGUCACACUGGGUGUGGUGUGCCUGGUGGGUAGUGAAGUGGCACACUGGGUGUGGUGUGCUGGGUACGGAGUGAAGUGUCACGGUGGGUGUGGUGUGCCGAGUGGGUAGUGAAGUAGCAUGCUGGGUGUGGAGUGAAGUGGCACGUUGGGUACUGAGUGAAGUGGCACACUGGGUGUGGUGUGCUGGGUACGGAGUGAAGUGUCACGCUAGGUGUGGUGUGCCUGGUGGGUAGUGGAGUGGCACACUGGGUGUGGUGUGCUGGGUACGGAGUGAAGUGUCACGCUAGGUGUGGUGUGCUGGGUACGGAGUGAAGUGUCACGCUAGGUGUGGUGUGCCUGGUGGGUAGUGAAGUGUCACGCUGGGUGUGGUGUGCUGGGUACGUUGUGAAGUGUCACGCUGGGUGUGGUGUCUGGUGGGUAGUGAAGUGGCACGCUGGGUGUGAUGCCUCGUCCACUAGCCCUGGCCGACAGCCAUUAUGAACCUCCUGUGCCUGGCACAAUAACUCGGUCCUGGGCCUUCCGUAGGUCAACUCAGCCUUGACCCAGUAACGUGGAGGCGGCCCCGGCCGUGGUUCGGUGUUGCUGACCAACGCCACAAUAAACGGAUUCCCCGAA